AUGAAAUCUCCCUAAAAAGAUUUUGCUUCAACAGAAUUUGAUAAAAAAUAGAAGUUCUCCCAUUGGUAACUGAAAAGUAUAUCAAAAUUACCUUAAAGUAUCAAUUUCGAUCGAUUCAAUAUAUAUUCUGAAAAGAAACAAACUUUCAAAGAGAUUGAGAUAACUAAGAUGCAAAAUUUAAUUUUUAAGAAAAAGAAGAAUCAAGUAUGAUGGAUAUAAGAUUAUAGACUGGAUUUUAUGUCUUAGAUAUUACAGAUUGCAUUAUUUCAAUAGUAGAAAAUAUUCACAUAGGUCACGGGCUCUCUUUUACAAAGGCAACUUUUCAAUUUUUAAUAUUUGGACCCUUAAUUCUGGAUUGGUUUGAAUCAUUAAAAAAAUAUUGUUAUCAAAUUGAAUUUAGCACUAAGUAUGAGUUAUUGAAUUUGCUCAACAGAGGUUCAUUUUACAAAGUAUCAAUUUAAAAAAAAAUUAGGUAUACGAUGCAAUUAAUAUCUUUGAAUAAGCAAAUUAUACUGUGAAAGUAUAUGAAAAAUAAAUAUUAACAAAACAAUCUGAUAUUGAUGCAAUAAAAAAAGAGAUUUCUAUCUUUAGAUUGAUGAAUCACCAUGGAGUGGUAAAUUUAAUAGAAGUGUUUGAAAAUGAAUUUGGAUUUUUAUUAGUAUAUGAUUCAUUUGAAGGUGGCACAUUAAGUGAUCUGAUAAAAAAAUAUUAAAUUCCUGAACAAUCAGCGAUUAAGAUAAUUUUUAGGUUGCUUGAUUCUCUAAGCUAUAUUCAUGAAUAAAAUGUUUUACAUCGAAAUUUAAAGCCAGAGAACAUUUUAGUAAAAAGUCUCUUAGCUCCAAAUAAUGUUUAUAUUAGUGAUUUUAGUCUUGCCGACUUUUUUAGAAGAGAUGUAAAAUAUUUAUUUACUCGUUGUGGAACUCCUGGAUAUGUAGCUCCAGAAAUUCUUUAAGACAAAAGUUAUGAUUAUAAAGUGGAUGUCUAUAGUUUAGGUGUCAUUUUUUUUACGAUGUUAUCAGGAGGCAUUUCACCCUUUCCAACAAAAAGCUAUGAUGAACGAAUUUUUCUCAAUUACCAAGGUUAAAUAGAUUUUGCUAUUAUUGAUGCAUCACCUGAUACCCUUGAUUUAUUAAAAAAGAUGUUAGAGAUCAAUCCAUAAAAAAGAAUAAACGCAUCAUAAGCAAUUUGGCAUUCUGUAUUCAAAGGAUUACAUAAACUGAAAAUUACGAGCUUAUUCGAAUCAGAAAGGAGAAAUUCUUCAAUUAAAUUAAAUAUCAAAUCAAGUCUGCCUCCUAAGACUAUAGAUAAUUUAAAACUAACUGCUUGUCCUAUUAACAAAUUACCUCCGGCUUCGAUAAAAUUUUAAAGAAGAUAAAAAUUUAGAAUGACAUUCAAGAAUAGUCAUCAGCCUUUAAGUAGUGCUUCAUCUCCUUUGGUUUCACCAGGAAAAAAUUAAUUUUCAACCUAAUCCCAAAAAACAAUCUUAUCUAUUUUCACUUGAGAAUCGAAAAACUUCAAAACCAUUUUAAUAUAUUUAUUGAUUACAAC